AUGGCAUUGCGAAGUCUAGUUCUUGCGUACAAUUCUCCCAUUACUUCUUCGAAUGUCCCGGGACACUACCGACUGAGCUUGUAUCUGCUCACUAUUGCUGGAGUUGUCUUCCGAUCUGAGCUAGCUAUCCUGGUCGCCACUAUCACUGUGUAUCUGUUUUUCACACGCAAGAUAUCGAUCAUCAGCGUCAUCAUUCCAGCCGGCAUUGGAGGCCUCAUCGUCGGUCUUAUCUGCACAGUACCUUUAGAUUCUUUCUUCUGGCAAUCAUUUCCCCUAUGGCCUGAGUGGACGGGUUUCUACUACAACACCAUUCAAGGAAACUCGGCGAACUGGGGUGUCUCGCCAUGGUAUUUCUACUUUGCAAAUGCACUUCCGCGACUAAUGCUAAACCCUAUAACCUACCUGGUCUGCAUACCGAUUGCUGUUUCGAAUCCAGCAAGCCAAAGACGAAGCCUUGAUCUACUUAUCCCUCUACUCAGCUUUGUGGCUAUAUACAGCUUUCUUCCUCACAAAGAAUGGCGUUUCAUUCUCUAUGUAAUCCCAGGAUUGACAGCAGUAGCUGCGGACGGAGCCUCCUGGAUUUGGACACGACGAUCCAAGUCUAUCAUAUAUGCUGUCCUCAGCUUGGCUCUUGUAGGAUCAGUCUUGGUGUCAUUCGCUGCAUCCACAGCUAUCUUGGGUAUUUCUAGUCUCAACUACCCUGGAGGAGAAGCUCUGCACGAUUUACACAAACGAAUGUCUCAUCCGCACGAUAAGCACUUCAAUGUACACUUUGACAACCUUGCGUGUCAGACAGGUGUCACGCGUUUCCUGGAGAGCCACAGGGGCCCACAGACAGUACUCGAUGUUCUUGAAGAGCAAAUGGCACCAACCCGGAAAUGGUCUUAUGACAAGACUGAGGACCCGAGCGCACUUUUGGAUCCGAUGUUCUGGACAAAAUUUGAUUACGUUCUUACCGAGAAGCCGGAGAGGAUAAUUGGAAUGUGGAAUAUUGUACAUGUGGUGUACGGCUUCGGUGGGGUCAGGCUUCUGAAGCCAGGUGAGGAGAGCAAAGAUAAAUUUAGACCUCUGUACGAGGGGAGUGGACCAAUUGUUGAUGUGUCAGAUGACUGGACUACAAAAGUUGCAGUAGAAUGGGAUCGAUUGGAAGGGCUAUUGAGAAAUAGUUUGUUCAGGGGUUACUGGCCCAUGUUACGGAUGGAGCCAAAGACCUAUAUUCUGGAGAACAGUAUGAGUCCGCCAAUGUAUAUGUAG